AAAAAACACAAGUUAAAAACACAAAUUUAAUUGAAAAUUGUUGGAUUUUAUUUUGAAAUAUAAUACUUUUCUUUGGAUUAUAUUCUGAAAUUUUACAGUUUUUGUUGCUUUAUAUUGAAUGGGAAUAGAACAUUUUUAUAGUAAAUCAUAGUUUUACAAAAAGGUAUUAACAUAAUAUAAUCUUUCAGAUUAUUCUGAAAGUCUAAAAAUAUAAAUGACGGUUUAUUUUGAAAUGGUGUUACACGGAGCCCCCUGUAGUUCCCGCCCAAAAAUAAAUGAACAAAUAGUAAUAACAAAAAUAAUACAAGUAUUUUUUAAAGAAGUGCAAAUAAUAAAAUAAAUCACCUAAAAUAAAUAAAUAAAUAAAUUAAAUUAAAAAAAAUAAAUUACUUGCCGCGUUGUUUGACCCGGAAGUGACGUAUACAAAUAUUGACAUCAACUAUGGCGAAAUCUCUACAUUUCUGGACCGAUGAGGAGACGGAAUACAUGCUGGGUCAACUGAAAGAGAUGAACAUUUUGAAGUACAUGGACGGUCGCAAAACGCGCAACGGCGUCUUGUUCCGAAAAGUGGCCGACCAGCUGGAAGACGCCGGAUUUAAACGGACCCCGGAGCAGAUCCGAGUCCGCUGGAAGCACCUGAAGCAGGCCUACUACAGCGCCAAGAAGAAAGGCGACACCGACGACAACGGGCCGGCGAACUGCCCCUACUUCAACACGAUGGAGGACCUUCUGGGAAGCCGACCGCGUCCCGAACCCGCCGAGGACGGCGUAGAUAUCGGGUUUACCCCUCCGGUUUCAGCAGCUGCACCCAAAAUCACAUUAUCUGGGAGGAGGAGGCGCCAAGGGUCGGAUCUGGAGCAGCUCUUUCAAAGGAUGCAGCAGAUGCAGAACACCUGGAUGGAGUACAUCCAGCAGAGCCAGGAGCGCGAGGAGCGGCUGGUGAACAGCAUCCUCCAAAGCAAUGCAAGCGUGGUGUCCGCUCUGGUGGAAACCAUUCACAGCUUGCGGCCGUCACCGGACACGUCACAAAUGCCAAACCAGGAGGACAACAUGCGAUAUGGAGAACCACUAGCAGAGGAUAUUAAACAGGAGGUCAUUGAUUGAUUUUUAUUUUUUUAAAGACUUUUUAUUUAUUUUUUACAAUAUUGUGAAUAAAAAACAAAACACA